UGUCGGUAUGCGUCCCAAGAUGGCGCUGCAUGAUUAAUUGGUCGCGCAGUAUCAUGUCAGCUUCCGUUCUGCGUAGUGUUUUCAAAGAUCGAACAAGUAUAUCUAUAUCGUCGUUGCGACGCGUACAUCAGCGUGGAUCAACGUUCCGCGAUUUUAUUGCUCGUAGUCGCCGCCCCUGGAAGUGCCUACUAAACUUGUGAAUGUAUGUGAGAAUAGUGUAUCCUGAACGAAAUAAUCCAGUGGUCCAGUAUCUUCUUUCCGGUCUCUGUGCUGCUCGCCGUGUUUUUCUCGAGGGCCACCGAUCAUCGCUUGUGACAAGGAAAGGCUCGAGGUAAACUUCCUCCUGGGAAUGUUGAAGGACUCGCUUAUCGUUCGAGCAUCCUGCCAAGAGGUGGGGUUCCGGGUACUUGAAGCGCGCAAAUACUGAACGCCUCCAUGAAAUUUUUAACCAGUAUGCCUCGCAGGAGAAGAAUGGUGAGAGAUUUAUGACCUCAUCUGACUUCGUACGCAGUUACCUUGGCCUUUAUACGGAUGCUGAUUAUAAUCCCGAUUCUGUCAAUUUACUUGCUGGUAUCGUUGACACUAGCAAAGAUGGUCUCAUAUCGUUUGCCGAAUUUCAAGCAUUCGAAGGUCUUCUCUGUGUACCAGACGCUUUAUACAAAACAGCUUUUCAACUCUUUGAUACUAAUGGAAACGGAAUGGUUGCAUUUGAUGAGUUCGUUGAGGUGAUGCGGCAAACUGUACUGCAUCAAAAAAUGCCCUUUAAUAUGGACAGUAGUUUUAUUAAACUUUACUUCGGAAAAGAUAAGAAGAGAUUAAUCAGUUAUGCGGAAUUUAGCCAAUUCUUGCACGACUUUCAUGAAGAAUAUGCAACAGAAGCUUUUAAGAAAUUCGAUAAGGAUGGCGCGGGUUUUAUUUCAGCGUUAGACUUUCAAGAUAUCAUGCUUAGUAUUAAGAGUCAUCUACUCACAAAAGAUGUGAGAGAUAAUUUAAUAGCUGCAGUUAGUGCCGGCCAAAGCGGGCGAAAAGUCAGUUUCCCAUAUUUUAUGGCGUUCAACUCUCUUCUAAACAAUAUGGAACUUAUUAAACGUAUCUAUCUAAAUGCGACCAAUGGCCACAGAUAUCAAGAAGUCACCAAAGAGGAAUUUCUUUAUUCUGCACAAAUGAUGUCUCAAAUAACCCCAUUGGAGGUCGACAUCCUAUUUCAUCUUUGCGACCUACUCCAUCAAACUGGACCUACGGAAGAUGACGAGGCAGAUUCGCGGCUUGGGAAGAUCGUGUAUAAUGAUCUCGUGGCUAUUACACCUGAGCAGUAUUUCAAGCAGAUUACAAAGCGCGUUGCCGCGAUCAAAGCGGUGUCGAAUCCGGACGAACGCGGUAUUAUCGUGCAAAUACUUGAGAGCGGCUAUCGGUUUGUGCUUGGUUCUAUUGGUGGAGCUGUUGGUGCUACAGCUGUAUAUCCUAUCGAUUUGGUAAAGACCAGAAUGCAGAAUCAAAGGACUGGAUCUUUCAUAGGCGAGCUGAUGUAUAGAAACAGCUUUGACUGCUUCCAAAAGGUGAUUCGACAUGAGGGCGUUUUCGGUCUUUAUCGAGGUCUGGUGCCUCAGUUAAUGGGCGUAGCCCCAGAAAAGGCUAUUAAACUUACAGUUAACGAUUUCGUCAGGGAUAAGUUUAUGGAUAAAAAUGGAAAUUUACAGCUAUACGGAGAAAUUGUAUCUGGCGCCUGUGCCGGAGGGUCGCAGGUCAUAUUCACCAAUCCUUUGGAAAUCGUAAAAAUUCGGCUGCAAGUAGCUGGAGAAAUCGCAGGAGGGUCGAAGGUUAGAGCAUGGACCGUCGUCAAGGAAUUAGGUCUAUUUGGAUUAUAUAAAGGUGCUAGGGCCUGCUUUUUACGAGACGUACCAUUUAGCGCCAUUUAUUUUCCUAUGUACGCUCACACGAAAGCGCGAUUGGCCGACGAGGGGGGUUACAAUACGCCAUUAUCGCUUCUCGUUUCCGGUGCGAUUGCUGGUGUUCCUGCAGCAGCGCUAGUCACUCCUGCGGACGUAAUAAAAACGAGAUUGCAGGUCGUAGCUAGAAAAGGUCAAACAACGUAUAAUGGACUGCUGGACUGUGCCAGGAAGAUUUACAAGGAGGAGGGUGCCAGGGCAUUCUGGAAGGGCGCGACAGCACGAGUGUUUAGAUCAUCACCUCAGUUUGGUGUCACUCUUUUCACAUAUGAGUUGCUACAAAGGUUGUUCGUUGUCGAUUUCGGAGGAUCUCGACCUUCCGGAUCGGAACAAAAGGUGCCUACCAUGGGAGUCGCGGACGAAAUUCGAUCAACGAAUCCAGAUCAUAUAGGUGGCUACCAAGUAGCUCUGCCCAUCUUCACGGGUAUAGAAAGCAAGUUUGGUCUUUGUCUACCCAGGUUCCAGGCUGUUACCGGAAAGUAACAAUAUUGUUAGCAGUUGCUAGAAAACUAACUUGUAGCAAUCCCUGCCAUAAAUAAUGUACGAAUACCAGUUUCUGGUUGCUUUAUUGAUUGCGUGAAGUGAAUGAGAUGCAUUGUGAGCUUCACGAACUACAAAUUAUGAGUCCACAAAACAUUUCAUCUCAAUAAUCGUCUUGGCCAUUUCGAGUUGGGUAUUAUAUAGACUACAGGAAAUUGCGAUAAGAAGGAACAGUCGUUGAUUGAAUACAUGUUGAAUCAUUAUGUGCGCAUAGAAAGUGUAAUUAUAGAUUGAUCAAGGAGAAGUACAAAUUCUGUAGCUUGCAGAAUGCCCAGGAAUGAUUCGUAAUAGCUAAGUCGAUGCAGUCAAUUGAUACGAAAACAGAAUCAAUGGCAUUGAAACUAUUUAUUUUGAUACUAUAAAAAUAUGUUAUAUCAAAUUGUGAGAGAUGCCGUCUGUGCGUAAUUAUUUUAUAAAGCGAGAAAGUGAGAGAGAAAAAUGGACAUUUAUCGACAAUUUGUUGCUAACUUAAAUGUUUCUACCAUACAUAUAUAGUAACCAACUGAGUGUAUGUGUUCGUUAAAUCACAAACGAUUAACGCCAACAGAUGAUACGAGUAUGAUGUUCUAGCAAAGGUUAUAAUAAUCUUCGUGAUGGCCCCGACGUAUAUGCACCAGAUAUAUUUAUGUAAAUUUUAAAAUAAUGAGAGUUAGGCCUUUGUAAUUACAUUUCUUAUACAAAUGCUUAGCUUGUAUAGCUUGUAUAGUUGGUGAGUAGGAGGCCAGUAAAUUUGUUUUAAAUCCGCUCGCCGUACAACUGCAAAGCAAUUAUUGACAAAUAAUACUCGUAUAUACAUAUAUUCAUCAUUGAAAGAAAAGAGAGAUAAACAAGGAUUUACCAUUUACUUGUUAUUAUCAAUAUUAUUUAUUAAAAUAUAAUAUAAUAGAUAAUAUAGAAAUAAAUUGAAAUUCGUUUAUAUAUUUUUUUAAGUGUAUAAUAAAGUUUUUGAAUGGCAUAAUUUUUUUGCUCGUUUUUUAAUAACGCAAUUAUUUCGUGUUGAUUUCUAUAAUUAAAAAGACAUUCAAUAUUGUAACAAUUGCAAUUUUAAUUAAAAUGGACUUAUUGGCACUUUAUAACACCAGUUAUACAAUUACACAAGUAAAUGGAGAAAAGAGUUAACGCAUAUAAUUCUAAAAAGUUUCUUGUUAAUGGCAGUUAUUAAGAGUAUGAAUUACAACGCAUUUCUCCGUGUUUAUCUUUUUUUAUUACAGAGAAAUUACACAAAAUAAUAAAAAGAUUUUCCGAGAAGACUUUGAUCCAUAAAACACAGAUAAUUUAUAAAGGAGGAUGCUUAAAACCUAUCUAAAGCUACCUACUAAAGCUACCUAAAAAUAAGCUAUGGCAACUCGUGACGGCAGUGUUUUUCAAAGUUGCGCCCUAUUGGAAUGUUUGAUCUACUCUCUGCCACCUAUCGACUACUAUAAUUUAUUUUUAUGUAACGCCGUAGGCCGUUUCCCAUAUGAUUUGGACAUCCUCCUUUAUUGAAUGCACGGAUCUCUCUUAUAAUUAUUAAUUGCGCUUAAUUGUACAGAUUUUAAUUGGGAUACAAGAUAACAAAGAGAAUCACUUUGUUUAUAUACUGGCAAAUUUAUCAAAUAAAUAAACUUUUUUUAAAGUGUU